UUAGAUAAUCAAAAUAUAGAGCAUAACAUCCAUGUGCUUAAAAGGGAACCUACAUAGAAAUUCAAACAAAUAAAAAAGUAAAGCUAUAGGGUCUAGCGAGCUACAUAGGCCAAGGGUAUAAAUAGACAUUGUUUAUCAAUUCUUCAAUUCAAACACAGCAAGCCCUAGUGAACAAAAAGUGCAAGCAACUAUUCAUCCAAAUAAAACUUAGGGCAAAGAAAAUGAAUCCAACUGAUGAAACCUUCUCUUUGUCUGACCUUGAUUCCGAUUAUUCAAAAUGUUUUUCACCGAUGAGUUGUAGCAACACAAUGCCUAAUAGUCCUAGCUCAAGUUUUGACAACUUCAGUUGGGAUGAAAACAUUGAACAAACAAUGUCGCUCGAAUCUGAUGAAAAGCCCGAGCCCGAUGAGCAAGCGAACGGGCCAACGGAAGCCCGUGAUCAGGAGAACACACAGCAAGAUUGGAGGCGGUAUAUAGGAGUGAGAAGGAGGCCGUGGGGAACAUUUGCAGCGGAGAUAAGAGACCCGAAUAGAAGGCACAAAAGAUUGUGGUUAGGAACUUACGAGACUUCGGAGGAUGCAGCAUUGGCUUACGACCAAGCCGCUUUUAAAAUUCGCGGCUCGAAAGCCCGGCUCAAUUUUCCUCAUUUGAUUGGCCCGAACAUGCCUGAGCCAGCUAGGGUAACCGCGAAGCGCAGUUCGCACUCAGUGGAGCCCGCGCCUUCUUCUUCUUCAUCGACCUCAUCAGAAAAUGGGACAAGGAAAAGAAAUGUAGAUGUAAUAAAUAAUAUAGCCAAAGCCAGGUCUUUUGGUAGUAGCUGGAACGUACAAAUGUUACUAUGAAAGGAAGAGUGUCUGUGAUCAUACGCAGCUGUCAUUUAUCUAGUUAAAUAAAAGGAUACUUUUACAUUUCUAGGUAACUAUUUUUUUUUAUUUUUUUUUGGUACUUAAAAGCGGUUAAAUUCAUCAAGUGUAGUGGCCAGUUUAGCUAAUUAAACCUAAAACCAUCUAUUACUUGAUUAGCUUAGCUUCUCUGGAACAAAGUGUCACUACAAAAAAAUGGGUAAUUUGUGAAGGUUGAAAGUUGUAAUUUGCGGAGGUUUUAGCUUCCACUAGUUACUAGAAGAGGCUAAAACCUCCGAGAAUUACAAUUUUCAAACUCCGCAAAUUAUCUUUUUUUUUGUAGCGUGUGAUGGAGAUAUUUGCUUGGCUCAAAUUGUAGUUGGUAGUCUGUUCUUUUAAUAUAUUAGAUCAGUCAU